UGAGCAAAGUAAAAUGGGCAAAUGUCACAAUAUCAACAAUAUAAUCUAAUUCUAAUGGCUUUUGAUAAAAUGUAAUCUGUAUAAACCAAACAAAUAGAUCCGUUGGAUGUAUUUUGAAGUCAUGGUGUUUAAUUUAGCAAUAAUAAAAAAAAACGUGUGACCAAAGCAAAUGCGUUUGAAGAUUUACAUUUUUAGGAAUUUAUCUUUGGUAUAUGUGAGCUGUAUUUACGUUGUUCCAACACUAAACUGCACCGGCAGCCAUGUGAUUAGGCUGCAGCUCUCUGAUUGUGGAUGGCAGACAGUGAUCAACAUAAUCUGUUCAACUAAUUACAAAGCUCCCACCAGAUAACCAGGUAUGAUUCAGAGGAAGGAGGUCGUGUUGUCUGUUCUGGGGAAUCUCCAGGAGGCCACGGAGAGCUCCGGCCUGGACGCCCUGAGCAGAGUGGCCCUGGAGGUCGAGCAGGCUCUCGCUAGCUUCCGGCUCCCGCAGACCCCGUGUCGGGAUUUCCCCGAGUGGACGGGCGUGGACGAAACGGCACACGGCCUGUACCCACCCGAUGCGCCCGCGGGCCUCCUGCCUCUGAAGUGCCUCGGCGAGGGCAACCUCCUGUUUGAUGCAGUCAGCAUGCUGUUGGUGGGCAACACCGGACUCAGCCUGGAGCUGCAGGUACGGACGGUAGCGGAGAUGGUGCUGUGGAAGAGAUACUACCUGUCUGGGAUGAUCGAUUCAAAAAUGAUGCUUCAGGCUGUUCGCUUCAGCCUCUGUGCCGAAGAGUCCGAGGACAUGCUAAACCUCCCCGUUGCUGUCUUGGAGGCCAUUUUUGAUGCCGAUCUCAAAGCGUCCUGCUUCCCCGGCUCCUACGCCAACAUGUGGCACUUGUACGCGCUCUCAUCGGUGUUGCAGUUCAACAUCUACUCCAUCUACCCAAUGUUCAACCUGAAGAUCCGACCCUAUUUCAACCGCCUGAUAACACCGAGGACCUGGCCUCAAGGCCGCGAGACGCCGACCCUCCACAUCAUGUGGUCAGGCAGGCUGCAGUCCGGCUCCUCGUUCAAGCCGAACCACUUCGUGGCGCUGGUCCGGACAAGCGACCUCGCGACCGGAAGCCCCGACAGCGAGCGGAGGGCGUCGCCCACCAAGAGCGAGGAGCUGCAGCACCCGGAGUCGCAGCUCUCCUACCCGGGCCUGAAGGACAAGUACAACAUCACCAAGAGGACCUUCUACCGCUGGAAGAGGCAGACGCAGGAGCACUGCAAAAAGUCAGCAGCCAGGUACGAGGCCAAGUAUUUCCUGCAGGCCUGCUACUUGGAAGGCAAGCUGAUCCCUCUGCACCAGUUUAAGGAGUUUUUCCCUGAGAUCUCGAGGUCGUCGUACUACAACUGGAAGCACGAGCUCCUGAAAUCCGGCGGUAGCUUCUCCACCUCGUCGUCCGCCGGGGAGAUCAGUCCGGGAGAGAGCACGGAGCAGGAGGCCUGGUCUUCGCCAGAAGCCAAGCAGGACGAGCCGGACCGCCAUGAGAACCUGGUCGGCAUGUUCGGCCUGGGCAAGGUGGACGUGGAACGGGCCCAGAACGUGGCUCACAUGCAGGAAGCGAAGCGCUGUCUGCAAAAUUGCAUCGCCGUGAACGCCUCCCUGCCCUUCAGGAUCUUCAAAAGAAAUUUCCCCGGGAUCUCGAGAUCGACGUACUACAACUGGAGGAGAGAGGCCCUGCUGUUCAGGGGGGGCUACAAAGGUGGCGUUGGCAGCAGUGAGGACAGCUCAGAUGACAAGAGCCAAAGUCCAAAGAAUCGGUCUCCGGCCGUGCUCAACGGCAACCAGCAUUUCGUCCCUAAAGCGAGAGUCUGCAGGCACAAACACAAAAUCUUCAGGCUGGCGUACAUGAGUAAAAAACAGCUCAGAGAUGCCGCGAAGCUUCAUGUCCAAAAGUCCAAAUGGUCCCUGACAAAGUUCAAGCUGAAGUUCCCCUCCAUGUCCCCUUGCUUUUACUGGCUGUGGCGCAGCAGUCAGAACCGCAAGGAGAAGAAGAAGGAGGCGGCUGUGGCGCAGAACGCGGGGGUCGACCUCCCGGAGGGGCUCGAGGUCGCCGCCGCCGCACAAGACCGGAUGAUUCCGAGGAGGGUGGAGAGUGAGCACGUGCUCCCGCUCGUUGAAAGUCCCAAAUACGUAGGAAGGUCCCCCUUCGAUGCCCCACCUUCAAAGCACGCGCUUCGCGGCCAGGCCCCCAUAGAGGCGCAGAUGUUUGCGAUGGAUGUUGUGGCUCUGGCCAACUUCAAGGCCAAGGCCAAGCUGUUCCUGCAGCAACGCUUUGAGGAGAAGUCCUUCCCCACGUUCAAAGAGUUCCGGUCCUACUUCCCCUUCACCCCUCGCUCGACGUACUACAUGUGGAAGCGAGCUUUGCAUCACGGCGUGUCACUGGUUCACGGGUAAAUGCGUCGUGGCUUUUUAUCUAACGGAGAGAGUUGGAUGUCGGGAGCUACUUGAAAGCUUUGCGGGAGAACCUGCCGGCCACAAAGAACCUCGUGCAACCCUCUGACUGCAAACACACUACCUCAGAUUUCAGGCCGCCAUGUUGUCGCGCUCUCAAAGACUGUUAAGUGCACUGGUUUAGCAUCUAAAUGCUUUGUGUCCUUCCUCUGCCCCGCCACCUCGGCUCCUUCCUCCCUCCUGGACAUUUGCACAUGUGUGAAAAGAAACCGAGAUGUGGGUCGGUUUAAACCCUGCAACAGCCCCUGCAGGCAAAUGGGCAGUUCAAAGGUGCGUUUCAAUGGUUUCAUUUAGUUUGAAGGAGUUUCUUCUUUAUUUUUGCAUUAUUCAUUUUUAAGUGCAUGCUUUUCUCAUUUGAUUUUGUUGAAGUGUCUGAUAUCGCGGAGGGCGAUUCUUUAAAGUUUUGUUGUUUUUGAUUCUUUGAAUGUAAAGAGAAGCUGGUAUUUGAUGUCAGAGAGGAGUUUACACUCAAACCUUCUCUGUAAACAGGGUUCCUGCCUGUUUUCAUUCCUUUACUUUUGACUGUUGAAUGUACUCUCAUUUUGAGCGUGAGCUUUAAGGUGAUUGUCUCAGCAUUUGGGUGUGUUUUUUUUUUUUUUUGAUGACCUACUUGAAAUGCCUUCUUGGAUUGUGAUGAUUGUGACCAUAUCAUGAGUUUUGUAAUGCUCACACUGUAUUUGCACUGAAAUGGUUCCCAUGACACAUAGAAUGCAUUUCCUUGACCACCGUGCACCCUUUUUAAAAAAAAAACGUUUACAUUGUUUCUUUACUUGAAAACUGAAUAUAACCGAAACAGGUUAAUAUUUUCUUUGCCGUUUAUUUCCAAACUACCUAUUUGCUUUAAUGUGCAAUGUUUUUCAGUAAAUAAAAGUUCCAGUUCCUCUCUU